UUUGCGAGAUUAAAGCAUGGUGCAUUUUGCAUGUUGGACUUGUUGUUUCAGGACAUCCAGACAUCGGAGACAUGCAGCUGUGUACAGUUUACCUCCCGUGGUUUCAUUUUUGGAUCAGACAAGUUCUUCCAUGUUAAUCCCAUGACAGGGCAGGUAACGGAGUUCCUGGACAAGACCGACACGUCCCUAGCCUUUGCCAUAUUCGGUGCGAGCCAGUGUGACAGCUUCCCUGUGGCUGUGCUGAAGGUGUCUCCAGAGGACUGUUCUGAGGAGGAGUACCUUCUGUGUUUCCAUGGUAAUGUUUCAAGACUCUAGACCCUA